GCAUGGAGGCGGCUGCCAUAGAAAUCCGUGGCCCAUGCAACUGCCAUGGCUGGCCAUGGGCUGACGGAGAUCCCGGCUGUUCAAUGGAAACAAAGGAUCAAGAACCUGGGUGAAUCUCACAGCUGGCAAGCUGCCGUGCAGCUUUGUGUGGACCUGAGAUAUGCACAGCUAGAAGUUGAUGGUGAGAUCUUUGGGGCUAUGAUACAUGCAGGAACCAAAGCUCGAGCUUGGAACAUGGCUUUGGGGCAUUUGGUGGAGAUGACCCAAGUCAAACUGGUUCCCUACGUGGUCAGUUGCAACAGCGCGGUCGCGAGCUGUGCGAAAAUGAGGGCAUGGAGCAUUGCAACACUUCUCCUAGGAACGAUGGGCAAGUGCCGAGUUCCGCUGAAUGCAUCCAGUUUCAGCAGUAUCAUAGCCACCAUUGACGGAUCUCGAACUCGAACUUCGGCUUCUGAGGCUGGACCGUGGUUCACCGUGUUGGACAUCCUGACGACGAUGCAGACAUCAGCCAUUCUCCCAGAUGUGGUCAGCUGCAGUAGCAGCAUACGUGUUUGCGAUGCAUCAGGUCAUUGGCAGAAAGCACUGACUUUGUUCUGUGAUAUGGACGCCCCAAAUGCCGUGAGCCACAGCAGUUGUGGAGAAACCAGGUGGCCCUUGGCUCUGCAUUUGCUGCACAGGAUGAGUGGGCAGAGCAUUUUGCAUACAGUUAUCAGCUAUGGAUCCUGCAUCAGCAGUUGCCAGAAGAGCGGGCAAUGGCUGAUGUCUUUGAGGCUCUUAGUAGAAAUCCCAAAGCAGAAAUUAGCAGCGAAUGCCAUUUGCUUUGGCGGCGUGAUCAGUGCUUGUGAACAAGUUGGGAACUGGCAGAUGGCAUUGCUACUGCUACAGCGCAUGGGUGAGGUACAAGCAACCCCAAAUCAGAUCACCUACAAUGCUGCCAUUAGCGCAUGUUCCAGGGAUGGGCAGCUGACAAUGGCUUUGCAACUCUUAGCAGAAAUGACGCAGCUACGCUUGGCGAAUGUGGUUGCCUACAGCAGUUGCAUUGCCGCAUGCGAGAAGGGUGGUCAUUGGCAGAUGGCUUUGCACCUUCUGACCUUGGAGGAAUGGGGUCCAAACGUGGUGAGCUUCACCAAUUGCAUGAAGACUUGCGAGAAGUGCAGCUACUGGCAGGUCGCAGUGGACUUGCUGUCAGCAAUGGUGACAUCGUCGCUGGUGCCAAAUGUGGUGAACUUCAACUGUGCCCUGAGCUCAUGUGAGACUGGAGGCAACCUGGCCUUGGCAUUCCAGCUCUUUGCAACAAUGCAGAAGAGGAGGGUCAUUCCUGACAUCAUCAGCAUCAACAUUCUCAUGGACACCUGCACCUUCACUGGUCGUUGGCACCUGGCCCUAAAUCUUCUGUCAGCUGUGCCUUUGCUGCGGGCAAGCGCCAAUCACAUCAGCUUCAACACGGUGAUUAGCGCUUGCUGCACGUCUUGGCAGUGGCGAAGAUCCUUGGAUGUGCUGUCGCGGAUGGGCCAUGGGCUGGAGCCCAAUGACAUCACUUGCAGCGCCUGCGUCAGCGCGUGUGGAAAGGCCUGGCGUUGGCAGAUGGGGCUGGAACUUUGCACCGCUGAGGCUGGGCUGCGAAGCUUGGUCUUGUGCAGCUGUGUUGUUGCAUGCGACAGCGCAGCUGUGCAACGCAGCGAGCUUCUGAGUGCAGUGGCCGCAGUCCAAAGAGAUCACCUCAGAACACUGGUGCGGUCUGUUGCAUCAGGGCGUGUGGUCAAUGGUUUUCUGGGCAAUGACUGGGUUGGUCCCUCAGAUUUGAUGAAUAUCAAGCCGUGCAAAAAAAAACGCGGUGAUCCCUCGCGAUAUGGCGAGGUGUUGGCGUUCUUGUAUCGAUACUUGGAGCUUGAUCCUGAGAAGAUUGAGAAGUCCUAG